AUGAAGCUCUACUUUGGUCUGGGAAUGUCCAUGAACAAGGCGUUCCUGGACGAAUUGCGAACCGAAGCCGUCGUAGAUGUCGACCAAUUCACUCGAAUGAUCCGAUUCUUUCAAAUCGAUAAAUACCGAUUGUUCCAAGAGGAUGUAGCUCCCAAUUUGCAUUUAGCGGAUAUUGAGAUUCAAACGAAGGCAAAACUGUAUUUUGCACUGAGCCUGCCUGUAAAUCACGAGCAGAUCAAGCUAUUGCGAAAAGAUGGCAUCGUCACUUUUAACAGUAAAGGAUGCAUUGCAGGAUACAGCGAACGAAAUGUGAAGAACGAAACUUUGAUCGACGUCAAUAAUAAUCCAGAAUACACAAUGAGUGACGUUGAAGCUAUGGAUGUAGUUCCAGGGAAACGUGCCAGAUAUAAUAGCGCUCCGCCACAACUAUCGCUUCCACCCACCCAAGAAGGCGUUCUAGCCGAAACAAUAGAAGAUCAGAAUGAGCUAACUAACCAACUUAACAUAAUAAUGAAGAAAGCGUUCUCCAGUGAAGAAGACUUGAGUAUGUGGCAGUUUCUACUGUGUGAAAUUGUAAAUCCGAUGAAUGGACGUAUUGAAAGAGAUCGAGUUCGAGGGAAAGGAUUGACAAUUUGGGAGAAGUAUCGGCAGGAAGUCAGCGAUGCUAGAACAGCGACGAGUUUGAGGAAAAGAUACAGCACACCUACUUUCCCAUCUCCACAAUACAUGGGUUUCGAUAUUCAAUCUCAAGCGAAACUUCAUUACGCUCUAUCCAUUCCAGUCUCAGAUGCGCAGAUGGAUCAAUUCCGCGAGCAUGCCGACGUUGACUUGGAUGAUCAUGGAUGCAUUAUUCGAUAUAUAGACAGAAGACCGGGUGGUUUGGAACUACGACCACUUGUCAAACGUCGGAUCCGUAUAACAGAAAGUGUACCGGAGCCAGAGCUCAAACAUCCUAACUUCGAUUUGUCGUCUCUCGUGAAUGGAGGAGUUAAAGAAGAACAAAUCGAUGAUUCAUAUGGAGAUAGAGACCCGAUUUUUGAAGAAGAAGGACAAAGUUCGAGGGCACCAAUCCAUGGUGAUAUACCAAGCGCUUUGCUUCGUGCCCUUAAUCAAUUCCUCGGGAGCCGUAAUGCUCAACCACCUGUGGAAGCCAAACAGGAAGCUGACAGACCAUCUAAUGUAGAAACAGUCACAUAUUUGAGAUCUCUGAACACGCUGGUCGCCAAAAUCGACUCUCCGGAGCUGGAAAGUGUUCAAUUGAAAUUGGAAAAAGCAAUAGAGGAAUCGAAGGAAGGGAAUUAUAAAAUCCCAAUUAGCAAGGUCAAGAUGAUGAUGGAGGCGACACUGGCUAUGAUGGGUUUCUAG